AUGGAUACGGCCAUUUCCAGCUCAGCGGCUGUGAGAUGUCCUCGCCGAGUCAAGGACACCGAAUACGUGUGGCACCCUCAACCAACGUCCGAUGACUACUCUCAUAUCAACACUUACGUGGGCGGAAAUGGCAAGCUUACCUCUGUUGUGCUUUCGGAUGUAGUGCGCACUGAAUCCGAGAGUAAACUCAUCUGGUUCGAAUCGACUGUUUUCCGAACGGAUAUUCAUUUCGAAAAGCCAUCUAAUGACUUGAUUGCGAUCACAGAUCAUGUCAUGAUAUUCAUCUGUGGACCGCGAGAUUUGGUGCUUAGUGACGCAUUACAGCGUCACCUGGACCGCCUCAGCGUUUCUCAACAAGAUACACUGCCUUGGACUCCAACCACGCCGUUGACUCAGGAAAUUGCUACGAUAGGGACUGGAUUGGGCCUAUUCAUAUGGUACAGAGGAGGCACUCAUUUACCUCUUCAAGGCUGCGGCAGCCGUCCGUCACCACUUUUUGCUGUGGAUAAUGAGGUGACAGUGGACCCCGUCACAGGGACACGUUCAUGCGUGGCUGAUCCCAUGUCGAAAUCACGUAUCGGUUUUGUUUGCGAAGGCCGAUUAGAACCCGACGAUUGCAUGAAGUCCCUCAUUGACAAGAAUGGCGUAGUUGUGAGUGCUCCCCCACCAGAUGAUUAUUGGAGAUUCAAACACCGUAGACCAUGGGUAAUAGCCAAGUAUUUCGAGAGAUUCGCACUGCCACCAUUCAGUGGCGAAUGCAGAUGCAUCGAUCCUCAAACAGGAGCGGUGAAGGCGAAGAUAGAGAUCCGCUCAAAAACCGACUACGUUUGUGACAUCGCCAGCAUGAUCGAACGCAACCGUUCGCAUCCCAUCCGUGGCCCUUGGUGUUCGGUUGUACUACACCCUGGCAGCACGUUGGCAAUAAGGUUCCCAGUAGAGGGUGUAGUGACAGAGCCUUUCGACAAAGAUUCACCAUUUGUACUGCCCUCGCAACGCCCGCCUAGGUACUUAUUGGAACCUACGUUUCGAGGGAAGAACGUGACGGCUCUGAGGCAGUUGACGAGGUAUGAUAACAUUUACGGCGAGGUAAUGUACCAUAAGGCCAUUGCCGGCGAUGCACUUGAAUGGGAUAUUUCCCAAAUGUCAGUGGGAGAGGUAAAACUGAAGUACCAUGCGGACAAACCUCUCGCAUUGAUAGAGGGGCUGGGCUCGUUCGUUUAUCAUUGGACUAUGACAUCUACGAAUGGAGGUCUUCCGGAAGAGAUACGCGCCAUUGUAAAUGUUACUUUCGCAUUUACCCAUCGCUACCGUGCCCCUGGUUGCGACAGAGAAUCAGAAACUGUGUUUGAUUCUAACAUUAGCAAGUGGUAUUGUUCAACCAAAAGGAUGGGAAAUGGAAUAGGGGAUGUUUACGAAUGCCCAUUGCUUAUUACGGGACGAGGAGCUGUUUCCAGCGAACUGCGAAUCGACAGGAUACGAUCUCUACAAUAA